GUUAGAGUUGGCCUGUUAGAACUUAACGGUACAAUACUCAAUACUCAGCUUUUAAGUGCGGCUAGUGUCUUUUAUUUUUCCGAACUUUCAUUUGUUCUCGAGAAACAGGAUUUGACUUAAGAUUGCUCAUUUUGUUAAUUUCAGGAUUUCUCUCAAUUCUUUGUCAUGGACUUUUUGGUGACUAGAAAGGGAGAAGGAGGCAGUUUCAUAACACCAUCAGGACAAGAUCUGUCAGUCAUAGACAGUUUAGCUGUCCUUCGAUGCAAUGCUCGUACACUGCAUGUAUUUAAAGGAGGAGACACUACUGUUAUUCGAGACGCAUUUUCAAAAGCUUUGGUUCCCUAUUACCCACUUGCAGGCCGUCUAAAAAUCUCACCGCACAAUAACCAGCUGCUUCAGAUUGAUUGUUCAGCUCAGGGAAUUUGGUUUGUGGAGGCUUCAGCUGAUUGUACUCUCCAUGAUGUCGACUACUUUGAUGAAGCUUCGGCUUUGGAUGACAGUACUUUUGAUAAACUUUUACCUCAGUUUCAUUCUUCCACUCCACCUCCUGUUGGUUAUGACUCUUUCACGGACCCAUUGGUGCUUGUGCAGGUAACUGAAUUUAAGUGCGGUGGAUAUGUUAUGGUACUUACUUUCUGCCAUAGUAUAUGUGACGGACUGGGCGCAGCACAAUUUCUGACAGCAGUGGGUGAGUUUGCCAGGGGUGUCGAGAAACUGAGCGUUGCGCCAGAGUGGUGCAGAGAGUAUCUUCUUCCUUCUCCAUCAGCACAAAAAUUUGCAGAUCAUGAGAACAAAGACAACUCAUCAAUGUCACCACCACCGCUCACUAUUCCAGUUCCAGAUAAGCGGCUGGAGCAUGCUAGUUUCGACAUUCCCAUGGAUGAGAUCAAUCCGCUCAAACACCAAGUGAUGCAAGAGUUAACAAUGGACCAAAAUGUAUUUUGCUCCUCUUUUGAAAUUAUAGCUGCUACUUUGUGGAGGCAACGAACCCGAGCAAUUUUAAAUCUUACAAACGACAAGAAGAAUCCAUCCAUCUCCUCGUCGAAUACAAGCUUCAUUACUGCAGAUAAUGCAGGUGGUGAUGAAGUGAAACUGGUGUUUUUUGCUAAUUGUCGGCAACUGGUUCCGCUACCAGAUGGGUUCUACGGGAACUGUUUCUUCCCAGUGACCGUGACGGCUUCGAAUAAAAUUGUGGCGCAAGCAUCUCUUGCUGAGGUGGUGAAGCUGAUCAAAGAUGCCAAGGCUAAGCUACCAGAGGAAUUUUCACGAUGGAUCAAUAACAAGACUAACAAAUCUAUGAAUGAUGAUCAAUUAAAUGAUCCAUUUGCGCCAGGGCCUGGAGUGGGUUAUGACACAUUGUUUAUUUCAGAGUGGGGAAGACUAGGUUUUAACGAGGUUGAUUAUGGAUGGGGCAAACCUGUGCAUGUGAUACCAGUACAAGGUUCUGCUGUUAUACCUGUUGGAAUUGUUAGCAGACAGCCUUUACCCAAAAAUGGCAUUAGGCUCAUGACUUGGUGCGUCCACAGCCAACAUCUUCCGAUAUUUCUUAAUAUGAUGAACAGAGGAUCGUGACGAUGCUCUAAUUAAUUAAUGUUUCCUGCUAUCAAAGGCGCGUAUUAAUUAAUUUGUGUGUACAUGCCUGUGUGAAAAAAUAACGUGAUAGUUAUAUUAA